CGGUUUCAAAGCACUUUUUCAAAAUUUGAAAGCUAUGCAGAUCUAAUUGUCCUUAGUGUAUCCACUGUUAACUUCCGGUUACUGACAAAACCUGUACUAGUAAUACGAUGGACGAACCACUUAUCUAUCUGGCAAUGGAUAAUGCAAAAAUAAUCAUCAAUAUAUUGAAGGCAGUGCAUUUUCGCGAUCUUGCCACAAUAUUUGCCACAAAUAAUGGUAUUAAGGUGACAGUAGAGGACUCAAAAUGCAUUCAAGGAAACGCUUUUCUGCAUUCAGCGCUUUUCCGUGAAUACUCUGUGAAGAAAGAUAUAAUAUCGUUUAGGACAAACCUUGGUGUGCUUGUUGACUGCCUUUCUAUUUUUGGGACUUCAGUUCAAGGACCAUCAGUUUCAUUCAUUUUAUCCUAUAAAACUCACGGGAGUGGUUUAAAUAUUUUGUAAAUUACUUUUAAAUUAUUAUUUGUAUACAGACUAGAAGAAAACGGAGUUGUAGCAGAAUGCAACAUUAAAACUAUGGAGGCGUUUGAAAUAUUGGACUUUGAUUUUUCAAGCAGUAAUAUCUCAGAUAAAUUCAUAAUGAAG